AUGGGCAGGGCUUUUAUUUUGGUCUGACGACGUGAUGUCACAAGGCUGCGCUGCGCUCCUGCAUAUGUGAGGAAAGAGUGUCCAAACACACAGAAAGAUGGCAGUUAUUAAAGAGGAGAGUGAAGACUUCAGGAUUGAAGAAGUGUUCAGUAUCAAACAAGAAGAUAUUGAGGAACAAACAGACCAGAUGACACUGAAAGAGGAAAGUGAAGAACUGAAUGAAAUGGAAGAGAAAGAUCAGUAUGAGAACCAUCGUGAUUCCAUUACUGAAGAAAAAUCUUUUAGUUGUUCACAGACUAAAAAGACUUCCUCACGAAAACAAAUUAAAAAAGGGAUAGGAACUAGAAGUUGUUUAGCCUGCGUUCAGUGUGGAAAGCGUUUCAGUCAACAUGGAAACCUUAAAGCCCACAUGAGAAUUCACACUGGAGAGAAACCUUACACCUGCCAACAAUGUGGAAAGAGUUUUUAUCAACAAGGAAACCUCAAGGUCCACAUGAGAAUUCACAAAGGAGAGAAGCCUUACAGUUGCCAACAGUGUGGAGUAAGUUUCACUCAAAAAGGAAUCCUUAACAGGCACAUGAGAAUUCACACCGGAGAGAAGCCUUAUAAAUGUCGUCAGUGUGGACAAAGUUUUCAUCAACAUGGAAACCUGAAAGUCCACAUGAAAAUUCACACAGGAGAAAGCCCUUUUACCUGCCAACAGUGUGGGAAAAGUUUCAACCGAAAAGGAAACCUUAAUUAUCACAUGAGAAUUCACACUGGAGAAAGCCCUUUCACCUGUCAGCAGUGUGGAGUAAGUUUCACUCAAAAAGGAAGCCUUAACAGGCAUAUGAGAAUUCACACUGGAGUGAAACCUUACUCAUGCCCUCAGUGUGGAAAGAGUUUUGAUCAACAUGGAAAUCUUAAAAUCCACAUGAGAAUUCACACGGGCGAGAAACCCUACAAGUGCCGGCAGUGUGGGAAAAGUUUUGAUCAACAUGGAAAUUUUAAAGUGCACAUGAAAAUUCAUACAGGAGAGAACCCUUUUCCCUGUCAACAGUGUGGAAAAAGUUUCAACCGAAAAGGAAACCUUAAGUAUCACAUGAGAAUUCACACUAGAGAAAAGCCUUACAUAUGCCAACAGUGUGGAAAGGGUUUCGAUCAAAAUGAAGAGCUCAAAAUGAAAGUCCACAUGAGAGUUCACACUGGAGAAAACCCUUUUACCUGUCAACAGUGUGGGUUAAGUUUCACUCAAAAAGGGAUUCUCAACAGGCACGUGAGAAUUCACACAGGGGAGAAGCCUUAUACAUGUUCUCAGUGUGGAAAAGGUUUUCAUCAAUAUGUAAAACUUAAAGUCCACAUGAAAAUUCAUACAGGAGAAACACCAUUUGCCUGCCAACAGUGUGGAGAAACGUUAAAUAAAAAAAGCAGCCUUAAUAAGCAUUUGAGAAUACACACUGGGGAGAAGCCUUACAAAUGCCAACAGUGUGGAAAGAGUUUUGAUCAAAAUGGAAAACUUGAAGUACACAUGAAAAUUCACACUGGAGAAAACUCUUUCACCUGCCAACAGUGUGGAGUAAGUUUCACUCAAAAAGGAACUCUCAAUAGGCACAUGAAAAUUCACACUGGGGAGAAGCCUCACACAUGCCAACAGUGUGGAAAGGGUUUUUAUCGAAAUAUACAUCUUAAAGUCCACAUGAGAAUUCAUACGGGGGAAAGGCCUUUUACCUGCCAAAAGUGUGGAAAAAGUUUCAGUCAAAAAACAAACCUUGACCAGCACCUGAGAAUUCACACUGGCGAGAAGCCUCACUCAUGCCCUCAGUGUGGAAAGUGUUUUUAUAAACAUGGUACCCUUAAAAUCCACAUGAGAAUUCACACUGGAGAAAACCCUUUCACCUGCCAACAGUGUGGAGUAAGUUUUACUCAAAAAGGAACUCUCAAUAGGCACAUGAAAAUUCACACUAGGGAGAUGCCUUACACAUGCCAACAGUGUGGAAAGAGUUUCGAUCAAAAUGAAAAGCUUGAAGUACACAUGAAAAUUCACACUGGGGAGAAGCCUCACACAUGCCCUCAAUGUGGAAAGGGUUUUUAUCGAAAUAUAAAUCUUAAAGUCCACAUGAGAAUCCAUACGGGAGAAAGGCCUUUUACCUGCCAAAAGUGUGGGAAAAGUUUCAGUCAAAAAACAAACCUUAACAAGCACAUGAGAAUUCACACUGGGGAGAAGCCUCACACAUGCCCUCAGUGUGGAAAGUGUUUUUAUCGGCAUGGCACCCUUAAAAUGCACAUGAGAAUACAUACAGAAGAAAGGCCUUUUGCCUGCCAACAGUGUGGAAAAUGUUUCAAACGAAAAGGAAGUCUUGAUUACCACAUGAUAAUUCACACUGGAGAAAACGCUUUCACCUGCCAACAGUGUGGAAAAGGUUUCAAUCAAAAAACAAACCUUAAGUAUCACAUGAGAAUUCACACUAGGGAAAAGCCUUACACAUGUCAACAGUGUGGAAAGAGUUUCAGUAAGAAAUGGAUUCUCAAUAGGCACAUGAAAAUUCACACUGGGGAGAAGCCUCACACAUGCCCUCAGUGUGGAAAGAGUUUUCACGAAUAUGUAAACCUUAAAGUCCACAUGAGAAUUCAUACAGGAGAAAGUCCUUUUACCUGCCAACAGUGUGGAAAAAGUUUCAAACGAAAAGGAAACCUUAAGUAUCACAUGAGAAUUCACACUAGGGAAAAGACUUACACGUGUCAACAGUGUGGAAAGAGUUUCGAUCAAAAUGAAAAGCUUGAAGUACACAUGAGAAUUCAUACAAGAAAAAGCCAUUUGACUUGCCAACAGUGUGGAAAAAGUUUCAAUCAGAAAACAAACCUUAACAGGCACAUGAAAAUUCACACAAAAGAAAGGCCAUACACAUGCCCUCAUUGUGGGCAGAGUUUUCAUCAACAUGGAAACCUUAAAGUCCACAUGAAAAUUCAUACAGGUCUAAGUCCUUUUACUUGCCAUCAGUGUGGAAAAAGUUUUAACCGUAAAGGAAACCUUAAUUACCACAUGAGAGUACACACUGGAGAAAGCCCUUUCACCUGCCAACAGUGUGGAGUAAGCUUUACACAAAAAGGAACUCUCAAUAGGCAUAUAAGAAUUCACACUGGAGAAAAGCCAUACAAAUGCCCUCAGUGUGGAAGGAGUUUCAUUCAGCAUGGAAACCUUAAAGUUCACAUGAGAAUUCACACCGGAGAAAAGCCUUACAUGUGCCCUCAGUGUGGAAAGAGUUUCGAUCAACAUGGAAACCUUAAAGUCCAUAUGAGAGUUCACACUGGAGAGAGCCCUUCAGCUGUCAAGAGUGUGGAAAAAAUUUCAACCAAAAAGGUUGAAUUACCACAUGAGAAUUCACACUGGAGAGAAGUCUUUCACUUGCCAAGUGUGGAAAGAGCUUCAGUCAAAAAGAGAUCCUUAACAGGCACAUGA